UACAGUACGGUACAGAGAGCGAAAGGAGCAAGACAAGCACGGCUCUGUGUGGAUUAUAGGACUGCAGAAAGGGGGGAACUGCGCAGGGACAUGGGGACUACAAUAACACUUCCACUGGCACAAAAGCUGUACUAACUUAUGUGAAGGUGGGUCUUUCCUGCACAAGUACUGUGAGGGCCAGAAAAUUAACGUAUGGUUGCAAACAGAGGGAAAGAAGAAAGGACAUCAAGUUCUAUAGGAGAUCAUCCAGAUCAUGAUCAGUAGAUAGCAUCCCACAACAUGAUCAUGGCUCCUCGGAAAAGGAAUCGUCAUGCUCUGGGAUUUCUUUGUUGCUUUGGAGGCAGCGACCUUCCUGAAAUCAACCUCAAGGACAAUAACCCCCUCCAGUUUCUGGAGUUCUCUGUUCCAAUCCCAUCAGCAGAGGAGCUCAAUGCUAGGUUUGCCGAGCUUGUGGAUGAGCUGGAUCUCACGGAUAAGAACAGAGAGGCUAUGUUUGCACUUCCGCCAGAGAAGAAAUGGCAGAUUUACUGCAGCAAAAAGAAGGAACAGGAAGACCCUAAUAAGCUUGCUACCAGCUGGCCAGAUCACUACAUUGAUCGCAUCAACUCCAUGGCUGCAAUGCAGACUUUAUAUGCUUUUGAUGAUGAAGAAACAGAAAUGAAGAAUAAAAUAGUUGAAGACUUGAAAACAGCUCUGCGGACUCAACCCAUGAGAUUUGUGACCAGGUUCAUUGAGCUGGAUGGCCUGAGCUGUUUGUUGAACUUUCUGAAGAGCAUGGACUAUGAGACCUCAGAGAGCCGCAUACAUACAUCUGUUAUAGGGUGUAUCAAGGCAUUGAUGAACAACUCCCAGGGACGGGCGCAUGUCCUAGCUCAUCCAGAAAGCAUUAACAUAAUUUCCCAGAGCUUACGGACUGAGAACAUCAAAACCAAGAUUGCUGUGUUGGAGAUCCUAGGAGCAGUCUGCCUGGUACCAGAUGGCCACAAGAAAGUCCUGCAGGCCAUGCUUCAUUACCAGGUCUAUGCUGCAGAGAGGACAAGAUUCCAGACAUUGUUGAAUGAGCUAGACCGAAGCAUGGGGCGAUAUCGGGAUGAAGUGAAUCUAAAAACAGCCAUCAUGUCCUUUAUCAAUGCUGUUCUGAAUGCAGGUGCUGGUGAGGACAACUUGGAAUUCCGGCUACACCUACGAUAUGAGUUUCUAAUGCUGGGAAUUCAACCUGUUAUUGACAAGCUAAGAGGACAUGAAAAUGCAACAUUAGACAGGCACUUAGAUUUUUUUGAGAUGGUCAGAAAUGAAGAUGACCUGGAACUUGCCAAGCGGUUUGAUAUGAUCCAUAUUGAUACCAAAAGCGCCACUCAGAUGUUUGAGCUGAUCAAGAAGAGAUUGAAGCACACAGAUGCCUACCCCUAUUUGUUAUCAAUCCUUCAGCAUUGCUUGCAGAUGCCUUAUAAGCGGAAUGGGGGAAAUUUCCAGCAAUGGCAGCUGUUAGAUAGAAUACUACAACAAAUUGUUCUCCAGGAUGAGAGAGGGGAAGAUCCAGAUACAGCUCCGUUGGAAAACUUCAAUGUCAAGAACAUUAUCAAGAUGCUGGUGAACGAGAAUGAAGUGAAACAGUGGCGGGAUCAGGCAGAGAAGUUCCGAAAAGAACACACAGAGCUGAUGAUCAGGCUGGAGAAGAAGGAGCGGGAAUGUGAGACAAAAACCCAGGAGAAAGAUGAAAUGAUGAAGACAUUGAACAAGAUGAAAGACAAACUGCAGAAGGAAUCCUUGGAGCUGCGCCAGACCCGGGAUCAGAUGAAUGACCUGGUAGUUCAACUCAGUGAGUUCUCGCAAGGGGGAAGUAUUUCCUUCUCGCCCCUACCCCCGCCACCUCCUGGUGGCCCAUUGGCUGUGUCCUCCUCUGUGAUGUCAGAGAGCUUGCCACCCCUUCCACCGCCUCUCCCAUUCUCCACUUGUCCUCCUCCACCUGCACCGCCACCACCGCCAGGAGGACCUCCUCCACCACCUGGAGCCCCACCUUUCUUCAGCAUGGGGAUGCCACUGCCUACCACAACCACCUUCAGCAGUACUGGGACCAGCUUGAAGAAGAAAUCUAUCCCUCAGCCUUCGCACCCCCUGAAAUCCUUCAACUGGGCCAAACUGAAUGAGGAGAAGAUCCACGGCACAAUCUGGCAUGACAUUGAUGACUUAAGGGCUUUCAAAGUUUUGGACCUGGAGGAUUUUGAAAAAAUGUUCUCAGCUUAUCAAAGACACCAGGACCUGCUAACUAACCCUUCCUCCUGUAAGCAGAAGGAGAUGGGUUCAACUGAAGACCUGUACCUGUCCACAAGGAAAGUGAAAGAACUUUCUGUGAUUGAUGGCCGGAGGGCCCAGAACUGUGUCAUUCUCCUCUCCAAGUUGAAGUUAUCCAAUGAAGAAAUCCGACAGGCAAUCCUGAAGAUGGAUGAACAAGAAGAUCUGGCCAAAGAUAUGCUGGAACAGCUGCUGAAGUUUGUUCCUGAAAAGAGUGAUAUUGACCUGCUGGAGGAACAUAAACAUGAAAUUGACCGCAUGGCCCGGGCUGAUCGUUUCCUUUAUGAAAUGAGCAGGAUUGAUCACUACCAGCAGCGGCUGCAAGCAUUAUUCUUUAAGAAGAAGUUGCCAGAGAGACUGGCAGAAUCCAAGCCAAAAGUGGAAGCCAUUCUUCUGGCCUCCAAAGAGCUCAUCCGCAGCAAGCGUUUGAAGCAACUCCUGGAGGUGGUUCUCGCCUUCGGCAACUAUAUGAACAAGGGCCAAAGGGGGAGUGCAUAUGGCUUCAAAGUCUCCAGUCUGAACAAAAUUGCAGACACCAAGUCCAGCAUAGACAGGAACAUUACACUCUUGCACUACCUAAUUAUGAUUUUCGAGAAAAACUACCCAGACCUCCUUGAUAUCCAGUCUGAGCUGCAUCAUCUUCCAGAAGCAGCCAAAGUCAACCUGGUGGAGCUAGAAAAGGAAGUUAACAACAUAAAGACCGGAUUGAAAGCUGUUGAGGCUGAACUGGACUACCAGAAGAGACGCAUACGGGAACCAGGGGACAGGUUUGUCCCUGUCAUGAGUGACUUCAUCACUGUAGCCAGUUUCAGCUUCUCAGAGAUAGAAGACCUUCUCAACGAGGCCAGGGACAAGUACGCCAAGGCGCUGAAGCAUUUCGGAGAGAACGAAGGCAAGAUGCAGCCAGAUGAAUUUUUUGGCAUCUUCGACACCUUCCUGCAGUCAUUCUUGGAGGCCAAGCAAGAUCUGGAGAAUAUGAGGAAGAAGAAAGAAGAGGAGGAGCGCAGGGCACGCAUGGAGGCCAUGCUGAAAGAGCAAAGGGAGAAAGAGAGACGACAAAAGAAAGCAAAGGCUGGCAGCAUCUCUGAGGAGAGUGGAGAGUUUGAUGACUUGGUAUCAGCCCUGAGGUCAGGCGAGGUCUUUGACAAAGACUUAUCCAAGCUGAAGCGCAACCGCAAGCGUUCAGGGAACCAGGCCUUGGAGACGAGCCGGGAGCGGGCAGUGACAAAGCUAAAUUAUUAACUGUAAAGGGAAGGAGGAAGAAAAAUAAUCAGCCAAAAGAUGAUGACGAAGAGCAGUACAAGGAAGGUGAAUGGGUAUGAUGGCAUUUGGCUGACAGCUGUCCCAAUGAAUAUCCAGCCUGCAGCUAUAGAUGGUACCUUCUCAUGAUCAGCUUUCUUCCCUUCCCUCCUCUGUGCUCUUCAUUUGUAAAAGUGCCUCCCUGGAGCCAGGAGGGGUUUUGACUGGGCAGUUUGGAGCUGACAGAUUUGCUUCUGGGAGUUCUGCCUCCAACCACAACAAAGGCCCAGUGGAGAUGACAGGAAGUACUUGGGCCCUUGGGGACUGCUUAGCAGCUCGGGGAGGAUGAUUUGCUGUGUGCCAAAGGAAAAAAUAGCUCUGUUCUCCAUCCCACUGAGAAUCAUCAAGACUCAGGCUGGCUCUGAAUCUGCCUGCUGCUUCUUCAAGAUCUGGAUCACCCUUUGGGAGCUUGUCAUGGAGUGGUUCUAGAGUUUUGCAGUUUCGUUCUAGAACUGGAUUUAUAACAAGCCAUUCACUAGAGCCAGAAAAAUGCUUUAGAUCUCAUGUACUGUGUACAUAUAUAUAUAUAUAUUUUAUUUUUUAUUAUUUUUUUUUGGUGGCCAUUAAUAUCCAAAGCAAAGUGAUUCUCAAAGGGGAGAGAGAAUUUUCAGAAGCAAGAUGGAGGAAUCCUGGCUUGAAAUUCCUUGAUUGGAAUGGCUAGAGUCACCAUUUAUAAAAUUCAUCCAGAUUCUUUUGCUAAAAGGCCAUUGCCUGGAAGCUGCUCAAGAUUUUGAGGCUUAAGGAUGUUCUAGACUAUGAGAAGUUGGGAGAAAGAGAGAAGCAAGUGUUCUAGAAAAGGAACUCCACAUGGGCAUCUAGAAAACGAAGCCACUGCUGGAUGGGGACAGAUCCAGACACUCCUAGGGCCAGUGGCCAUUGCCAGAUAGUGGGCAGAAAAUAUCCAUCCAAUACUCGUCAUUUCACUUGUUUUCGCAUCAAUUUCUUAGUUCAUCCACAUGGAAAUUGGGAAUUGUCUGGCAUCCUCAUAAGAUUAUAAAUAAAUAUAUCAAAUGAGGUCCCUGGCAGGAGAAAAGAGAUUGUUUUCCAUUUGAUGCGAGCUACAGAUGUAGCUAGCUACAACUAUACUGGGAAGAACUAGAGCUUGUAUCUAACAGCCUGGCUUUCUCUGCAACCCCCCUUGAGAGUCACAUAACCUAAUAAUAUAUGUCAAAGAUAUCCAUGUUUGCCCAGUGUCUUUUCCACUUUGGGACGGAUCACUGAUGAUGAGUGAACAUAGGAGGCAAUAAACAAAGCAGAUGUCAAGUAGGAGGGUACAGAGUCAAAUGGACCCAGAGGCCUUUGGAGAUUACAAUUAAUUAAUAGGAAAUAUUUUUUAAUUAAAAAACAUGUGAAGCACACAGCCUAAAAAGCCCAAGAAAGAAGCCUACUGUUGUGUUCAUAUUUCUGUGCACCUUCAUGGUUCUAGCAGCGAGUCUAGAUUGUGCGGGUUGUUGCAGUUUCUUUCAUCUGGUCUUCCUUAAAUGAACUUUUGGUUAUCUUGCUAGAGAGAGAAAGAAGAAAAGAAAGAAAGGAACGUGUGGAAUCUAGAUACUACAUGCAAGCAUCCUAGAUGAGAGGGGGAUAUGCUCUUGGCAAAACACGCAUCAAAGCAAACAGCAGGAAAUUUGAAAGAAUCCCAUGGAAGUAAAAAAAAAAAAAAAAAAAAAAAAAAAAAAAAAAG